AUGGUGUGAUAACACAUGCUGCAAACUUUGAAUAAAAAUUUGCAACAUCAAAUAUGCGCCGAAAACUCUAUUAACUCAUACAAUUCUUGUGUAUUAAAAUUAAUUAGGAAUUCUUUAGAUGCAAAAGCAUCAGUAUUUCACUUAGAUUUAGAUCCUUCAAAUUUUUAUAUCAAAAUAAAAGAUAAUGGCAUAGGUAUAAGUCUUAAAAAUUUAGCUAAAGUUGGUGAAAGAUAUUACACAACAAAUGAAAUACUUAAAAACGUAAAUCGUGGGGAAACAUUAGCUAAUAUAUCUAGCUUGGCAUCAAUAUUGCAGAUAAAAACUCGUGAAAAAUCAAAUCCCUUGACAUAUAUAAAGAUAUAUUGCCAAGGUCGGGCGCUCGAUAUUACAACGUCUUCAAAACCGUUAUCAUCCUCGGGAACCAUAAUAACUAUUAAGAAUCUAUUCUACAAUUUGCCGGUGCGCAAAAAAUGGAUGACCAUUUCGCGGGAAAGAUAUUUUUUGAAUAUAAGCGAUUUGAUCUUCCUCGUAAAAACUGGGCUCAUUCCUCACUCCGAACCCUUGACCAUUAUAAUCAGCAUUUUCGAUAAUAAAUCAACAAAAUUAUCAUCUCAUGUAGCCGUUUUUUCGCGUAAAGAACUAGGUCUAACACCUAAGAAGGUCCGCGGAGGUGAGUCUCUCCUACAUUCUCGAUACGUCAUUUCUAACUUCAAGAAUGACACCAAUUUUGCCAAACAACAACGAUUUAACAGGCCAUCAGUUUCGACAGAUGUAGAGUCAUCCUGUCAGUUAGGUUUACGCUCAAAGGGAGUUCUACAUUGUAAUAUACUAAUAUCUAAUUUUUACUCCCUGUUUCCGCAGUAUUCCUCGAUUCGAUUGAAUCAUUCGAUUCGGGAAGUAAAUUAUCGAACUUUAUUGAACGAUAACAACGAAUAUCAGGUUACGCUCGACGAUAUCGACAAAUUUGUUCCGGGAAAGACUAUUUUAACAUGCCUGAACGAUCGAUUUGCUUCUAAUAACAAAAAACGCGCUGAACUAUGCGAUAAGAAAAGAUCAAGCCCGCUGAGACGAACAAAAACUGACAUUAACAUUUCGGUAAACCUUAUCAUCGGUUGGGACGAAGCAUCGUUUUUUAAGGACCUAAAAAUUAACGACCUUCAUCUCAAGGGUCUAUCCUAUAAGCAGCAUCAGUUUAUAAUUCUCAACGGGAAGGCACGUUCAUUGAGUCACGAAAAUCGAUAUUCGAACGUCGAUGCUUUGGAAACGAACCAGAUUCGAUCUCAUAUAAACAAGUAUUUUAUAAACGGUCUACUCGACUCGUUGGGUGACCCAAAUGGGUACAAAAAUUUAUACGCUAAUUUCGUGAACAAUGGUGGCCAUUAUUUUUACCCCGUAUUCAUACUAGACAUUAACUACUCUUCGGGUCAUCUCUCGAGUCGCACUAGUUAUUCGGACUCUCAAUUUGAAAACACUCUUUUGAACCAUUCCAGCUUCGCGGUAUUCCUACAGAGUAUGAUAAACGAGAUCCUGUCGUUAUACCAUCAUACUCGACCUAACAAAACAGUGAAUAAGUUACCCUCGUUUUUACCAUUCGACUUUAAAAAUAAUGAUGACAAUAAAUCGAAUCAACAGGAAUAUAAAAUGACCGAGAAAGAAAGUGAAAUUCCCAGAUCGUGCUAUGCUUUAAAUGUCAAUACCCUAGGUUCUGGGCUAACAUUACCGAAACCUGAUAAGAAUAUUAUUUUAGAGUUAUCACAUCUACGAGUCAAGGAACCUCUAAGGUGUAAAAGAAAGAAAUUUGAAACGGAUACGAUCCAAAAUAAAGUCGCAAUUUCGGAUAAACUUUUGCGCGAGCCUGUUCUCAUAAAUUGCAGGAGUAGUCACUUUUGGGCAAAGUAUAGAUACAACGAGAAAUGGUCUAAUAAGCCAUUUAUUUGUAGUGAUAAAGGUUAUAAUUCCCUGAGUGAGAUUAUUCGCGAAAAAGAUUUAUUUAGGCUAUCAAUGUCGGAUUCAUGUAGUACAAAAACCAGCGUUUACAAUACUAUUUUAGCUGGCAAAUGUGCUGACCAUCAGCGAAGUAAAGAUAAAAUACUGAAGAAUUUUAAAGCUAAAAAUAUAUCUUACAAAAACCUAGGAUACAAUUAUCGCAGAAGAGACACGAAUGCUCAUAAAUGUUGUAACUCCGUUAAAAUUAAAUAUAAAUCAAUGUUAAGUCUCCCUUAUUUGUCCAAAUACCGAACCCCGCGAAAGGUGAUAGAGUCUAAUAGAUAUGAAUAUGUUAAUAAUUCGACAUGCGGAGAAAACUUUGACGAAUAUGUGCCUUUAGAAGAAAAUGUUACCGCUAAACCGAUAUGCAUUGAUAAUAAUAUAACUCCGUUGUUUUUAAACACGUCAACUCAUCCCGCACACAGUCAUAAUACAUUCCUCCAUUCUGGAUCACAAGAAGUUUGCCCCAGAAUCGAUGAUGUACCUUGCCAUUCUUCGAAUACUCCAACAGCAUCUGAGUUUAUGUUCAACAGAUCGCCUAAGAAUUCACAUUUCCAUCCUAACCGUUAUCCUCAAAGGAAAAAUGAAGAUAAGAAGACACCAAAAUUAUCGCCAAAAGUGUAUGAAAGAAAAGCGCCUCCAUUUAUAACUACCAAUUUUCAAAAAUACAUAAACCUCGAAGCGGGUUUAGAUGGGCACGAUUCGAGUAGAAAGGACGCUCAUCAAAACCCGAUCAAAAUAAAUUUACCCAUAUCUUCCCCGAUUUUAGCUAUAGAAAAAGCUUAUAAUAAUGAUGAGCUAUCAUUUUGUGAUAUCACUUCAAAACAACGAAAUACUCAAGAUUCUAUUCGUGUUCGUUUAAAUUAUUCCAAAAAAUUGGCUAAAGUUAUGAAUGAUUCCAUAAAUGUGAUUGAGAAGCAUCGGGUUGACAAUAAUAAUAUUCUUAAUGAAGUUGUCAGCACUUCUAAAGACUCUGAUUCAAAUUAUUCGAUGAUAGAAACUGAUAAAACAACAAUAUUAGAAGAAGCUAUCAGCUUUUCUUCAUUCGAAAAAUCUGAUAAUUUAUUUAAACCAACAAAUACAUUAUUAAGCAAAGCUGAGCGUGUUAUAUCAAACAAUUGGACUCAAAAACAUUUUAAAACUUUUAAAACUUUAUUCAAGACUUCGACUCCUUAUCAAUCAAGCUCUAAACUCCAUAACUCAAACAAAUUUAUUGCGAAUCUUGUACCAGUCAUUCACAAUAAUCUUUAUAAAAUUGAUAUGCCUACAAACACUGAUAAAACGAUCUUCGACAAAGCUAAGGUGAUUGGUCAGUUAGACCAGAAAUAUAUUUGUUUUUAUGUAAAUAAUUCACUUGAUACAACAAUCGGCGAGAUUAGUAACGAAUUCGAUAUUUAUCUCCUGGAUCAACACGCCGCACAUGAGAGAAUUUUAUUAGAAUCUCUGUCAAAAAAAUAUUUCCCGAGGAACAAAGAUAUCGAUGCUUCGCUGAUCGUUCCUUUAUCUGUGCCUGUUCUACUUUCCUUGAGUCAAGAAGAUACGGAGCUAAUUAUAGGAUAUAAGGAACAAUUCUGGAGAUUAGGUAUACAUUUUGAGUGUGAUGAAUAUAUUGACAAUACUGGUGAUUUCGCUAUUUUUAAAGAUGGACACCGGAUUCGAAUAAAGAAUCUUCCCGAGGCCUUGUUUUUAAAUUUUCAAUUCUUAUUGGGCGAUGUUUACAAAAGCCAGAAGUAUAGUACUAGUCAUAAAAAAAACAAGAAAAAUGGCGAUAAAAAAUUAGCUCUCAAAAUGGAUGAUGAUUAUAAUGCAAAUAUUGUUUUACCUAAUUCUUUUAUGGCAUUGAUUAAAAAUUUGAUAAUCGAAAUUAUUCAGGAAAUCAAAUCAAGCAAUGGUAUUAUAAGGAGGAUUCCCAAAACACUUUUCGAAAUUUUAUGCUCAAAGGCUUGUCAUAACGCCAUAAAAUUUAACGAGCCACUCACCAAUUUACAGUGCGCCGAAUUGAUUAUGCAGCUUAAAUUUUGCAAUUUACCAUUUCAAUGCGCCCACGGCAGGCCUAGCUUAAUGCCUUUGAUCAAUUUUCGACAAUUAUCUUCUUUUUUUAGACGCGAGAUACCAAGUUUUAAUAUAAAAAGAAUAUCAAGCAUAAUGACGACGACGAGCCAAAUUAAAUAAUCCAAUUUAUUUGUACACAGAGCAUUUAUUGUUUAAAUUUGUAUUUUUUUAUA